UCACGUUCUCAUGCACACAUACGAUUUCAAUGGAAAAGUGUAAAAAAACUCGAAUCACCGCCUUUUUUUUACUAUUUUCACUGUUUUUGUUUUUAUUUACAACGUUUAUAUGAGAUUAUUUAAGACAUAUCAAUGUUUAAAUAAUUUGAAUGAUCAAAAUUUUAAUUAAAAAUUAUUUAAGGUUGGAUCUUUUACUAUUUUUCUAGGCUAAAUAGUGAUAAGCAAAAACAACUAGAAUGGAUGAAGCAGUUCACUGUCCACCUACUUUUAAGCUUAGUUUUACGGAACAGGUUUACGCCGUGGAAUUUUCACCAUUUGAAUGGUUACAAGAUUUAAUUUGUGUUGCUUUUGGUGAGGAAAUAGUAGUUGGAACUGUCAAAUUUCAAGAUGAUGACGACGUAGAAGACAAUAUUACUUAUACUCCAAUAAAAACAUUUCAUCAUGACACUCGAGUACAAUCUAUAAGUUGGAGUCCAGAAACUUCUUUGAGUGUUGUUCCAAAGAUUGUUGCAUUUUGUGUAGCAGGAGCUGAUUUUAAAAUUAGAUUAUAUCAUAGUAAUUUAAAUGAUGUAAAUAUUUACGAAAUUUUAGAAGGCCAUAAAGAUUAUAUCAACGCAAUAGCCUAUGAAGCUGAAGGAGAGCUUGUUGCAUCAGUUUCUGAUGAUCAUACCUGUAAGCUUUGGGCUAUCAAGGAAGAUAAUAAAUCUGUCUCAACAUUUUAUUUGACUUCUCCAGGAGUAAGUGUUUGUUGGCAUAAUGAGGAAUCUGGAAAAUUAUUAGUCGCUGAAAAGAAUGGAUUAAUUCAUUUAUACAAUGUAAGAAGUCAACAAGCUAUCAUGUCAUUGGAUGCCAAUAUCGUACCUUUAGUAUCGGCUGACUGGAGCCCUAAUCCACUAAAAGUUGCCUGUGUAGCAGCUGGAGAGUUACUCGUAUGGGAUGUAUCAAGACCUAGCCGACCAAUACUAAAUCACACAGUUUAUGUGGAAGGUGGAUCAGUGAUGAAAUUUUCAAAUGGAAAUGAGAACCUCAUUGCCUGUAUUGGUCGUCCAGACAAUGCAUUAAAAGUAGUUAAUUUAAAAAAUAAACAAGUUAUAUUGAGUGGGAAUGUGAAAUUAAUUGGUGGACUUACUUGGCAUCAUAAACUGCCUUACGUUUGUGCAGGAAGUGAUAGAGAAGUAUUUUUCUGGCGAAUUAAUUCCAAAUAAAUAAUAUUAUAUACAAUAUUUAA